CUUCCCUGGGGAGUUCACUGCGGGAGGAGUCAGUUAGAAGCUGCUCCUCAUUUGCAGACUUUCCGGGAGCCCACCCGGUUCCCGGUCUCUCACCGGAGACCACAGGGAGGAGCUUCAAGUCACCCCAAGUUCCUACAGCCUUCAGCAGUGAAGACUUCCACAAGGGAGUCUUCCUUACAUCACUGAAUAAUGAAUGAGGAUGAGAGAGAGAAAGAGAAGAGGGAUGAAUCUGAUGAAUUCGAAAAGGCAAAGAAGGCUGAAUUAAAUGCCGUCUUGACAAGACUCCGCAAAAUACUGCAAACUCAUGGCUAUCCUGUAAAAGGAGACAAAUCGGAAACAUCACAGAGCACCACUGUCCUUUCACAAAAGGACAAAGACAAAGUCAAUCCAAAAAGCUCUCAAAGGAAAUUACAUUGGAUUCCAUCUUUUCGUACCUAUGAUGACUUCAACCAAAUGAUGCUACAGUUAUUAGAUGGCUUUAUGAUUACACUGAGCGCAGAUGGAGUGAUCAUUCAUGUGGCUGAAAACAUCUCUUCUCUUCUUGGACAUUUACCAGCUGAGAUUGUGGGCAGAAAAUUAUUAAGCCUUCUGCCUGAUGAAGAGAAAGAUGAAGUCUACCAAAAGAUUAUUCUCAGAUUUCCUUUGUUAAACUCAGAAACACAUAUUGAAUUUUGCUGUCAUUUAAAAAGAGGAAAUGUUGAACAUGGUGAUAGUUCUGCUUACGAAUACGUGAAAUUUAUUGUGAAUGUAAGAGAUAUUUGUAAUGAGUCUACUAUGGUCUUUAGUGGCUUAUUUUCCAGCCACCUCCAUGCUGACUUGUCUGCUGCAUGUAUUCCUCAGGAGGAUCGGUUUUAUCUUGUGGGAAAUGUUUGCAUUCUCAGGACUCAGCUCCUGCAGCAACUUUACACUUCAAAGGCAGUCAGUGACGAAGCUGAACUUAUACAAGAUUCAGAUGAGGAACCUUUUGUGGGAGAGCUCAGUAGCUCUCAAGGUCAAAGAGGACAUACUAGCAUGGAAGUCGUGUAUGUUGAACCUGCUGCUGCUGCUGCUGCUGCUAUCUCAGAUGACCAAAUCGAUAUUGCAGAGGUUGAGCAGUAUGGACCACAAGAAAAUGUUCAUGUAAUGUUUGUAGAUUCUGAUUCAACUUAUUGCUCCAGCACAGUUUCCCUGUAUACUAUUCCUGAAUCUCCAGCCUUAUCCUUGCAGGACUUUCAAGUUGAACCUGAGGUGAAUCCAUUGUACAGGGCAGACCCAGUGGACCUGGAGUUCUCAGUGGACCAGGAGGACUCAGUGGACCAGGAGGGCCCAAUGGACCAGCAGGACCCAGAGAACCCAGUGGACCUGUUAGACCAGGCAGGCCUGAUGGAUCCAAAGGACUCAGUGGACCUGGGGGCUGCUGGCACAAGUGCUCAGCCAUCAUCACCAGUUGCCUACGACAUCAUUAGCCGGGAACUGGAACUGAUGAAGAAGUUGAAGGAGCAGCUAGAAGAGAGGACUCAGUUGCUCCAUGAUGCCAUCCAAAACCAGCAGAAUGCAUUGGAAUUGAUGAUGGAUCAGCUUCAGAAGCAGCCAAACACAUUAUGCCACAUUGUCAGUCCUGAUCUCCAAUCUUCAGAGGCAGUGCCCAAGAAACAACACACUGGGCAAGUGAAGUGGCCUCUCCCACAUCCCAAGGAGGUCAAGUGUUUCUGCGGUUUAUCUUUAUCCAACUGUCUCAAAAACACUGGGGAACUUCAGGAGCCUUGUGUUGCCUUCAACCAGCAGCAACUGGCGCAGCAAGAACAACGCCUGAAGGAGCAGCAGCGGCAGCUACGAAAGCAGCUGCAGCAGCUGAGGGAGCAAAGGAAGGUGCAGAAGCAGAAGAAGAUGCAGGAGAAGAAGCUGCUGCAGGAGCAGAAAAUGCAGGAGAAGAAGAAGCUGCAGGAGCAGAGGUGGCAAAAGAAGAAGAAGCUGCAGGAGCGGAAGAAGCGGCAGGGGCAGAUGCUGCAGAAAGAGCCAAAGGAGAAGCAGCAGAGUCAGCAGUUGCAAGAGCAGCCACUGAAGCGUAAUGUCAUCGUGGGGAAUCAGAGGGUGCAGAUAUGCCUGCAAAACCCAAGUGGCGUAUCUGUGCCCCUCUGCAAUAACCCUGUUAGGCUUUUACAGACCCAACCCAUUGUUCCUAUCCAGAUAGUAGCUGAACAACAGUCCUCUGGCUUCUAUCAAGAUGAAAACUGUGGGCAACAGGAAGAUGAGAGUCAAAGUUUUUAUCCUGAGGCGUAUCAAGGACCCCCCAUGAACCAGCUGCCGUUGACAGAUACCUCAAACUCUGAGACAAUUUCUUCUUCCAGCAUUCCUCAGUCUCCCAUAACUUCAGACUCAACCAUAAGCACCCUGGAGACCCCACAGGAUUACAUCCAGCUUUGGCAACAGCUGUCUGAUCCACUCGGUCCUGUUGUUGUCCAAGUGAAUACUUGGACUUGCGAUGAGCAGGGCACCUUGCACAGACAACCCCCCUACCAUCAGGUGCAAGUUUCUGAGGUAGGAGUCGAGGGGCCUCCUGGUCCACAGGCUUUCCAAGGCCCUGCUGCAUACCAGUCAGAUCAAAUGAGAUACUUGAUGCCUGCGGAGCAGUGUGACUCAUGAGUGGAAAUGGGGGGACGGGGCAGGCCAAUAAGGUCUGCAUGGCCAGGGGACCUUCAAGGUGCAUAAAGUUAGUAGGUAGAGACUUACUCAUUUCCUGAUAGGUUAUGUUUGUAAUUGUUUGUGAAGCACAGCCUGUUUCUUGGAAGUUAUGCUGCAGAGGCAGCCUGUGAUCUGUAGUAUUUUAGGGUGUGACAGCAGCCAGCCACAGCUGGAUCUGAUGUCUCGUCUGCCCUGCCCAGCUUUGUAUAUCCAUGUUCUACCACAGGAAGGUGGCCGGCCAAGAGUCUGAUCAAAGUUUUCAACACAAAAAAAAGAAAAAAAAUGCCAGAGUGCUUUUCAAUCUAGUAAAUCUAGAGGGUGUUUUGUCUUAGCCACAAUAAUUCUGAGGUCUUGACCCUGAUGAUUAAGCCCUGCCUCCCCUCCAUAGUCUUGUUGGAGAAGCCCAGAGAGAAUGGGACUCCAACUAAAGGAACCUGAAAUCAGCUCAAUGGAGGCGCUUAAGAGCUAAAAUAAUUAUGGCUUCCUUGCUUAAUAAACAUUUUCGUUCACUGCA